AUGAGUUGGGAAGCAUGGCGCGGAGAAGUGGAGAAAACAGUGGUGGCUUUCUGCUUGAUGCUCGUUUCUGCAUUCUUAAAUUUUUUUCUUCUUACCUUAAUACAUGAUAUUGUACCACGUAACUCGUUGCCAGAUAUUGUAUUUAUGUUAAUACCGCAGCAGCGAUGGGCAUGGGCGGUUGGAGAUGUCUUCUCAACAAUCAGUUCAAUACUUGGCUUUGCAUGUGUUUUGUUACAUGUAAAUAGGCUAAUCGUGUUUCGUCGUUUACUUCUGCUGGGAGCUAUAAUGUACGGUUUAAGAGCUGUCGUAAUGAGCGUUACAUUUCUUCCACCAUCUUUUGAACACAAAAGUGAAGUAUGUUUACCUCAAGUUAACCGGACUGCUAUGUAUACCAUGGAAAUAGCUUCGAGCUGGCUAGCGGCUCCAAUAUUAAUCUUUGGUGUAGCAGCACUGGUAGUUUCGGGUGGCCAUUAUACCAUGGACGUUUUAAUAGCUUACUGGUUAACCAGUCAUAUAUUUUAUGCUUAUCAUCAAAUUUUUGAAACACCAAGUAGCCAACGUAGUGAUGCGCCUCUUUCUAAGUUAUGGUGGUACUAUCUAUGUUGGUGGUUUGAAAAAGAUGUGCCGGACGGUCCUUUGGCCAAUGAAUGGGAUUGGCCGUUUUCAAAACCAAUUAUUUUAAAAGAUUUCGUUUCCAAGGUUAAUAGUAGGUUACGAUGA